AUGUCGACGGCUUACCGCGGAAUCACCGCUGAGGGCCAAAAAAUGACGAGCACUUGGUGCUCAUCAGCGAGUGCUGAGACGGCGGCCUUGCCGGCAAAGAACAGCGAUCCACCGCGUUCCCGUGGGACCACACUCGCCUUCCCUCGCCCGACCCUACCCCCGGCUGUCUUGUGCUAUCUUCCACCGAGUCUCCACUCACCUCCUACCCCAUCGUCGCUGAUAGUGAAGUCCACACACAGACACCAUACCACACAUAUCGCUAUUAUCAGCCUGAACUGUAAGGCACCGUAUCGUGUCAUGUACGGUGACAAGGGCCCGCCCAAGGGCUACAGCGUCCCUCGGUUCGACACCAACGCCUCCAAGCGAUGUCAGACAUGUUCAAGCACGGAGCAUUGGACCUUUGAGUGUCCACUGAAAAAAUCGGCCACAUUGUCUGCCAAGAAGAGCGCCGCCACGACGGUGAAGCUGAGCCGAAGUCAGAUGCUCAGGUACGGGAUAAAGCAGAAGUCUGCCAAUUUUGUGCCAGAGCCCACGGAACGCGAGGUGUUCGAUGCGGAGCUGAAGGAACUGCGCAACGUGCUGACGGCGGAGGUGCGUCAAGAGGUCAAGGCGAAAAAGUCUGCGGCACACAAGAGUGGGAAUGACGGCAAGAUGCACGAGGCACCGCUGCCCUUCGCAGCACCCAAAAAGGAGCCGCUCUCUGACUCCGUCAUCAAGAAGGAGCGCACCGAGGAGGGAGAGUGA